GCGGAGGUGAGCGAGCACUAAGCCGCCGCGCCUCCCCGCCGGCGCUCCCUCGGGGGCCCCCCCGCGGGCCUGGUCAGCCAGUACCCCACGGCUUUCCGUGGGUCUCGGGGAUUUGCGGGUAGCGCCCGCGCCCUGGCUGGCAGCCCUGCUCGUGGCCGCCCGGCCUUGGAACCUCCGGGAGCGAAGGCUGCGGCGUGCGCUCGGAGCGAGGCGCGAGGCCGGGCGGGCUGCUGGUGUUCCCACGGGGACGCCCCUGAGCGCUCCAUGCCUGCGGGCGCGGGGACGCGUGGCCUCCCCCAGGCCCGCCGCCUGUGCUGGCUGCUCUGCGCCGUCACUUUCAAGUUCUGCCAAGCCGAGGCUUCUGUGUCCGAGGACAAGCUGUCAGUGAGCGCCUCCAAUUUGCCGUGCUGGCUGGUGGAAGAGUUUGUGGUGGCCGAAGAGUGCAGCGCAUGUUCUACCUUCCAGACUAAAACCAUCCCUGAGUGUGGUUCCACGGGGCACGUGGAGAAGAUCACGUGCAGUCCAUCUGCAAGGAAUGAGUUCAAAAGCUGCAGCUCCGCUGUGAUGGAACAGCGCUUGUUCUGGAAGUUCGAAGGGGCCGUCUUGGGUGUGGCCUUGGUCUUUGCCUGCCUUGUCAUCCUCCGUCAGCGACAGCUGGACAGAAAGGCUCUGGAGAAGGUGCGGAAGCAGAUCGAGUCCAUCUGACGACGCUGCAUCUGCUCACACUCGGACUCAGACGAGGCGCAGCGGACUCAUCUGUGCCCUCGGGUCUGGGGGGCCUUGUGGUGAUGCCCCCACCCCCAUUUUCCUUUUCUAGAUCAUUAAUGGGCAGAAUAAAAAGAGU